CUGCUUUGAUUCCGCGCUCUGUCCGGAGGCCUCCCUCUCUCUCUCUCUCUCUCUCUCUCUCUCUCUCUCUCUCUCUCUCUCUCCCUGGCCGCCCGGGCUUGCUCGUCGGACUGCGCCGGCGGCCCAGGCCGCACUUUGUGCUUCUGGAUCUGGCAGCCGGACCUGGGUCGUCGCGCCGAGAUGGCGAAUCCAAUCUCCAUAUUAUCAGGGACCGAAGCCUCCGGCAAACUCUGAUGUGAAUCAUCGGCAUGUGAGCGCGGCUUUCAAGCUAUCCUGCUUGGCCCGAUUACUAGUUUCGUCGUCAGUUAGCCAAAACCACAUGUCGGAAGAACGAGAAACGCUUUACGAACACGUGUUCCCGUACCAGGUUUAAUCCUCGUGUUCGGCUGCAAAGUUAGGCACCACCGUGGCUAUGACAUAUUGACAUAUGGGGCACACAAUGCCUAUGACAUGUUGGCUUAGGGGGGUAUACAAGUUCUAAUUUUGCUGUACCGGCAUAUGAGCACAAAUGGCGGAGGCUGUGCUCCUUGCUCUUGGAAAGAUUGGGAAGGUUUUAACUGAUGAGGUUGCCAAGGCCUUGGUGGCCAAGGUGUUAGCAAAAGUUGGUAACCUGAUUGAUCUGAAUGACAAGAUUGGGCAAAUAGAGGUUCAGUUAAAAGCCAUGAACAAUAUCAUACGGGAGAUUGGCACAAUGUACCUCACCAAUGAGUUCAUGAAGGGUUGGAUUGGGGAGGUGAGGAAGUUGGCCUACCGCGUUGAGGAUGUACUGGACAAAUACUCAUAUCACUCUCUUCAAAUGGCAGAAGAAGGUUUUCUGAAGAAGCGUUUCCUCAAAGGAUCACAUUAUCUCCUGGUUUUCAGUCAAAUUACCGAAGAGGUAGUCAAGAUAGAGAAGGACAUCAAGCAAGUAAUCGAGCUCAAGGGGUGGUCACAACCACCCCAGUAUGUUCAUGACCCGCUUAGUGAGGUGGAAAGACAACGGUCCCAAGAUCGCUUCCCUGAACUUGUGAAAGAUGAAGAUCUGAUUGGAAUUGAAGAUAACAGGAGAAUGCUGACUGAAUGGCUGUACUCGGAUGAGAUGGACGGUAGGGUGAUAACAGUGUCAGGUAUGGGUGGCUUGGGAAAAACAACCCUCACCACAAAUGUGUAUGAACGUGAAAAGGCCAACUUCCAAGCUCAUGCAUGGGUGGUUGUGUCUCAGACCUACACCGUUGAAGCUCUGUUGAGGAAGUUACUCAGGAAGGUUGGUUACACUGAACAACAAGCAUCAUCUAACAUUGACCGGAUGGAUGUGUAUGACUUGAAGGAAGAAAUAAAGCGAACACUUCAAGAUAGGAAAUGUUUGUUCGUCUUGGAUGAUGUCUGGAACCAGGACGUGUACUAUCAACUGCGAGAUGCACUCCAGAAUUCUCGUGAAAGUCGCAUCAUCAUCACAACGCGGAAUAACCAUGUUGCUGCUGUUGCUCACUCGUCACGUCGUAUCGAUCUCAAGCCUUUGGGGGACAAUGACGCAUUUGAACUCUUCUGCAGAAGGGUCUUUUAUAGCAAAAAGGACCAGCAGUGUCCUGAUUAUCUUUUGGAAACUGCUAAAUCUAUAGUUCAUAGGUGUCGGGGACUGCCACUAGCAAUUUUAUCGAUUGGCGGCCUCUUGUCUUCGAGGCCACAGACACAAUAUGAUUGGGAGCAAUUAUACAAUCAGCUUCCAACUGAGCUGUCGAACAAUGAUCAUGUCAAGGCAGUUUUGAAUCUGAGCUACCAUGACCUAUCUGGAGACCUCAGAAACUGCUUCUUGUACUGUAGCUUAUUCUCAGAAGACUACCCAAUGUCACGUGAGACCCUUGUGAGGCUCUGGGUUGCAGAAGGCUUUGUGUUGAGAAAAGGAAAUAGCACCCCAGAGGAGGUGGCCGAGGAAAACCUAAGGAAACUGAUCCACCGCAAUAUGCUUGAAGUCAUGGAUAGAGAUGAACUGGGAAGGGUGAGCACCUGUACGAUGCAUGAUAUUGUGCGAGAGCUGGCUCUUUGUAUUGCAAGGGAGGAGCGGUUUGUAUCCACAAGCGACUAUGGCACAAUGCAACAGAUGGAUAUGGAUGCUCGUCGUCUGUCAUCAUGUGGAUGGAAAGAGAAUACUGCACGGAAAAUUGAACUUCCACGUCUUCGAACUCUAGUGUCGCUAGGAGCAACACCUGCCAUGCUAUCCUCAGUUUUGUCGAAAUCCAGCUAUCUGACUGUCCUCGAGCUACAAGACUCUGAAAUCACUGAAGUACCGGCAUUGAUAGGGACACUCUUCAAUUUACGUUACAUUGGCUUACGCCGCACUAAGGUCAGGUCACUCCCGAGCUCUGUUGAGAAACUAUCUAACCUGCAAACUCUGGACAUCAAGCAAACUAAAAUUGAGAAACUGCCAAGUGGGAUUGUCAAGCUCAAGAAUCUGCGGCACCUAUUUGCUGAUAGAUUUGCUGACGAGAAGCAGACGGAGUUUCGGUACUUUAUCGGAGUUCAAGCACCUAAAGAACUGUCCAGUAUUGAAGAGCUGCAGACUCUUGAGACCAUCCAAGCGAGCAAGGACUUGGCCGAGCAGCUGAAGACAAUGAUGCAACUUAGAACUCUGUGGAUUGACAACAUAAGUUCUGCUGAUUGUGCAAAUAUUUUUGACACCCUGUCAAAUAUGAAACAUCUUUCCAGCUUGCUUCUUUCCGGGAAGGAUGAGAAUGAGGCACUUUGUUUCGAGGCUCUCAAGCCAAGGUCUGCACAUCUCCACAAGUUGAUCAUCAGAGGGAAAUGGGCAAAGGGAACGCUGGACUGCCCGAUAUUCUGCAGCCACGGGGAAAAUCUCAAGUAUCUAGCACUAAGCUGGUGUCACCUUGGGGAAGAUGAAGAUCCACUAGGGAUGCUUGCACCACACUUGCGGAACCUCACAUAUCUGAAACUUAACAACAUGCGCAGUGCAAAUGCCUUGGUUCUUUCUGCAGGUUCCUUUCCUCAGCUGAAGACGCUUGUAUUAAAGGACAUGCCUCAUGUCAACGAGCUGAAGAUCAUGGAUGGCGCCCUUCCAUGCAUUGAUGGUCUGUAUGUUGUUUCGUUGUCGAAGCUUGACAAGGUCCCUCGAGGCAUCGAAUCCCUUGGUUCCCUGAAGAAGCUUUGGCUGCUGCGCUUGCACAGGGACUUCAAAACUCAGUGGGACAUCAACGGGAUGCACCAGAAGAUGGCGCGCGUUCCAGAGGUUCGUGUCUGAAUGCGGCAUAGUGGUUCUUUUUUCUGCAGUGGCAUUCUGGUAUGGUGCAUCCAUGUCAUUCUAGAUUUAAUAAUUCUGGCAUGUUAUAAUUAUUAAGACAUCAUUUGCGAGUCUUGUACUUCCAUAUCGUGAUACGGUUUCUGUUCUGAAAAUGUCAGUGUUCAUUGCCUUCAGGAGGCCCUGUACUUUUUUUGUAUUAUUUCAGUUUCAUGCUGUAAUACUGAUUUCAGGAAACAGUUGUGUCGAACAUGUGAGAAAACAAUGUUGUAAAAUUUGUUUACCUUGUUGUCA